CUCAAAAAGCAGUAUCUGCAGUAUGCAAAUCAGGGAGCCGAAUUAACGAGUAUUUCACUGAUACGAUUCGGUUCCUAAUCUUAACCAAAAAUAUCCUUUCAAAAGAGCCGUUCGUUCGCGACGCAUAGUAGAGCAAACGUUGACGAAGAAGGAACGGUCCUUCAGUUUACUGGUUAAAUCGGAGGACUCUGUUUUUCAUUUUUAUAUGCCUUCUGCGUGUACCAUCUUCAUCUCCAUUUUCUUCAAUCCUGCCCUUGCAUGACCUGUGCUGUCUAGGCUAGAAGGCGUCGGCUCCCUGUUCUAUUGUGUGUCCCUUGUCACAAUGUCCAAUGAACCUUCAUCUAGAUAUGCUGCUGCAAUAUCAGCCCUUUCCCUCAGUUUACCUGCUGUUAACCCCAACCCAACCCUUACCCUCAGUUCAUCCACUGCCCCCAACCCACCGCUUACCCCUAAACCCUCUCUUAUCCCCAAAUCACAUAUUACCUCCAAAUCCCUUACCCCUAAACCACUAGUUGCCCCUACCCCCAAACCACCCUUUGCCAUCAAACUACCCACUGCUGCCAGCCCAGCCCCUUUAAAUUCAUAUCCCCCUUCACUUGAAAUUUUGGGAUCAGAUGAUGAGGAACAGGAGAAUCCAUCUGAUUACUGCAUAGGUGGGUACUACCCGGUGGAAAUUGGAGAGAUAUUCAUUGACCGUUACCAGGUGGUGAAGAAGCUGGGAUGGGGCCACUUCUCUACUGUGUGGCUAGGCUGGGACAUGGAGAAGAGGCGUUUCGUGGCUCUGAAGUUGGUAAAGAGUGCUCCAACCUUCACAGAGACCGCUUUGGAUGAGAUCAAGCUUCUGAAAUGUGUAAGGGACAGUGAUCCAUCUGACCCUAAACGUGACACUGUUGUGCAGCUUAUUGAUGACUUCAAAGUCUCUGGAGUCAAUGGGGAGCAUGUAUGCAUGGUUCUUGAAGUGCUGGGUCACCAGCUGCUGAAGUGGAUCAUCAAAUCCAACUACACUGGCCUUCCCCUGCCCUGUGUUAAGAGCAUCCUUAGACAGGUUCUUCAGGGCUUAGAUUACUUGCACACUAAAUGCAAGAUUAUCCACACAGACAUCAAGCCAGAGAACAUCCUUUUGAGAGUGGAUGAGGUUUACGUCCAGGAGCUGGCAGCCGACACCAAGCUAUGGGAGCUGCCAGUGUCUUCUGCUCCCACAAGCUGUUCAGCAAACACGGGUCUAAGAGAAAAGCAGAUUGUGUCAAACUUGAUGGGGAAAUUGACGGUGGCUUUCCAGGCUCUUGGGGUUUGGACUGGGAAGGUCUCCAGGAUCCCGAUGGCCAGGUUGUCGAGGAAGGAGAAGAAACAACAACAGCCGCAGAAGGGCGAGGACACUUUAGUUGGCCGUCAGAAGAGGGAGAAACCUCAUGUGUCAUUCUCUAAUAUCACCACUCCCUGUAGCAUCCCUAAUUCCACCUCGUCCCCUAAGCCUUCAGGUCCUGUGCAUACUACUUGGAGACGGACCCUGCUGCAUGAAAAAGCAAUGGUCUCUGACAGCAAGGAGUCGGCCUCGUCACCGAUGGAAGAUGCACCAUCAUUGACUACAAUGUCUCACUGUUCUAGACAAUCUAUAGUGUUACAUCAUUCUACCCAGAGAGACAACCUGCCCUCAUCACCAUCACAUGGGUUAAGUGAAACAGAUCUGUUGGUGAAUCUUCUGAAGCCACAGAAUGCUGAUAAAAUCAGCAUCAAGAUUGCAGAUCUGGGAAACGCCUGCUGGGUGUACAAACAUUUCACAGAAGACAUCCAGACCUGCCAGUACCGCUCUGUUGAGGUCCUGAUCGGGUCUGACUAUGGCACUCCUGCAGAUAUCUGGAGCAUAGCCUGCAUGGCGUUUGAGCUGGCUACCGGGGAGUAUCUGUUUGAACCCCAUUCAGGGGACAACUUCUCACGAGAGGAAGAUCACAUUGCUCACAUAAUUGAGUUGCUGGGACCCCUUCCAUCCCAGUUUGCCCUCUCAGGGAGAAACUCCAAGCGAUAUUUCAAUCACAAUGGGCAUCUGCGGCGCAUCUCAAGGCUGAAACCGUGGAGUUUGUGUGAGAUCCUGCUGGAUAAGUAUGAGUGGCCGCGGGAACAGGCAGUCCAGUUCAGUGCUUUCCUCCUCACCAUGCUGGAGCCCCUCCCAGAGAAGAGAGCCACCGCUGCCCAGUGUCUGAAACACCCCUGGAUCUCCUUAUAGACAUCAUACCACUGCCUGGUGUCUGUCUAAACCCCCCCUGGAUCUCCUUAUAGACACAAAGCCACCACCGCUGCCCAGUGUCUGAACCCGAUCUGGAUCUCCUCAUGGAUACAGAGCAGUCUCACCGAUGACACAGAGGUUACACAGGUGACACAGGCUGGGACAAGUGCCUUAAUAUGAUGUUUGAAUAGUGGGUAAUGGCUGAUAUUCAGCAAGUGUUAUUUUUUCAGCUGAUCUUCUGCAAUGUUAUUUUUCUGUUUGCUCAGGGAGAGCAGUCAACUAUCAAUAUAUUUUGUCUGAUUAUUUAACACCUUUGAUGUAAAGAAAAUAACUUUUGAUUUGGAGAGAUAUGCCAGAUGGCCAGUCUGCCUCUGCUGGGAAAGCUCUAUUUUUGUUUUUGAGUUUCAUUGAAUAAAUGUUAUUUGUUUAUACAAGGCUUUCAUUAUCUAUCGCUUUUCUCUGAAUAAUAAGAUAAAAAAGAUUUUGACAGAAUUAAUAAAAAUAGGGUUAGACAUUGUGUUAAUUUAGCCAAUUCAUGUAUGAAUUCAGAAUACUCUAUGGCUGCAUUUAGACAGGCACCCCAAUUCUGAUAUUCUUUUCACUAAUUGGUGAUUGGUCAAAAGACAAAUUAGUGGGAAAAAAAUUCAAAUAGGCUGCCUGUCUAUACGCAGCCUAUGUGAUUCACCUGAAUCCUGUCAUAAGACCAGUGGAGGCUGCUGAGGGAGGAAUGCUCAUAAUAAUGGCUGGAAUGCAGCAAAUGGAAUGGCAUCAAACCAUGUGUUUGAUGUAUUUGAUAUCAUUCCACCAAUUCCACUCCAGCCAUUACCACAAGCCCGUCCUCCCCAAUUAAGGUACCACCAACCUCCCGUGCAUAAGACCUAAUGGAAUGACGAAGAAGCAGUGGCUUCAAAGGGGAUUAGGAUACUGUUGAGUAGGGCUCAAAACUGUAGCCCGGUCACCCAGUCCAUGCAGGGUAAGCCAUACCUCCCCUGUUUUCACUGCUUCCUUCUGUGCCGUCCCUUCUUUCUGUGUGAGUGUGCUGUGAGUAUGUGUUGAUGACUGAAAGUGUGCUUUAGUGAGAUCUCCACAGCCACACAUUCCUCUCAGUUCACAUUAAAGUGGCAAUCUGCAGUUCAAACAAUAACAAAGCGGCCACCCAGCCACCAAUGGUCAGUCCUUGUAUCUAAAGCUCUCAAUGAGUUUGAGUGGUUACAUUUCUCCAGCCCCCUCCCUCAGCUGUUUACCUAAUCCAUGUUUUAAGGCUAUACAGUGUUUGUUCCAAUUUACAUUGUUUACAAACAAAGGAGUAAAACAAGCAUAUAUAGUUUGUUCUGAUGGGGAACGACAGCUCAUGAGGCAUCAAUAAGUUAUAUUCUUCAAAAAAUUAAUGGGUAUACAUCAUUCAUUUAAAAGUCUAAAAAUGGAUGUAGCAACUGCAGAUUGACGCUUAGGGAGGGGUUAGUCUCAUGAAAAUGUGAGUGCGCUCAUGUGUGAGACACAAACUGCUGGCAGGUGUGAAACAGUUUUAUGGUGAGAGGCAGCAUCAAGAAGGAAGAAUAUCACCACCCUGAUUGGAGACAGACGAGCUUCAGAUGGAAGUGAGAUCCGUGUAAUGUUAUGGCGUUUGCAUGUAUUUGAUCUGUCUUUGCAUCGUAAAGUAGUAAACUAAAUAGCUACUACCUUGUGCAUGCUUGCAUUGUUGGUUGCAACUGUGUUUUUAUGUUAACAGUGCAGUGAAUUGUCUUCUCUUUUUUAACAUCUUGUGAUAUUGUAGAGCAUUUUAACAUUUUUUACUUGUUGAAUUGUGUAGAUUUGAAUGGAACUUUUCAGAUCCCAUAAUUACAUCAGAGGUUAUUGAAGCUAAAUAUGUGUGGCAUGUGUUUUUCUCUUCACCUCACCCUGGAAUGAUCUUCAGAGUUGUGUUUCAUUGAGUUCUCGCUCUUUGUACAUUGCAAUUUAUAAUCAUUUAGUAUAAUCUGACUGUAAUAUUUUAUUUUAUAUAGAUUUUCAGUUUAGUCACCAAACUACCUUGAUUCACUGGGGUGUAAUGCCCACUGGGAUAUGGUACAGUUAAUCUGCUUCAUCAAACAACUCAAAGUAUAUUUGCUAUCAAAUGAAGACACUAUAUCAAAGCGCCUGACUGAGCAAACCAUGCCUUAUUCAUUUCCAGAGGCUUUUAUGUAUGUAGAUACAGUACAUGUGUAAGAAAGCCAAAGUAAAGAUGCUAACAACCCCA